GUCUCUUUCUCUAUAAAAACGCAGGCGCAAAGGCAACACUCAGCAACAAGGCUUAGCAGUUUACUUGAGCAGAGCACCGAACUCACUCUCUUGGCUCUUUCUAUCUAACAUGGACAAACCCGUAAUUGACUCCUGGAGACCUGAUCCUGUUUUCAGGCCACCGGAGACACCACGGGAGCCAAUGGAGUUCUUGUCGCGUUCGUGGAGCGUGUCGGCUCUUGAGGUCUCUAAAGCUCUCGCUCCUCCGCAACCACCUCAAAUGCUUCUCUCCAAGACUUUCAGCGGUGGCUGUGUCAUACAGGAGGAUGUUGCCGGCGAAUCGGAGGAAGCUGCAACAGUUUCAGGGAACCCCUUCUCUUUUGCUUCCUCUGAGACCUCUCAGAUGGUUAUGGAGCGCAUCAUGUCGCAGUCUCAGGAGGUAUCUCCACGCACUUCAGGCAGGCUCUCUCACAGCAGUGGCCCUCUUAAUGGCACGCAAAGCUGCGGUUCCCUGACUGACAGUCCCCCUGUUUCUCCCUCGGAGAUGGACGAUGUUAAGAACUAUUGUCGGGCCAGCAAUUCCAUCAAUCCCCAGUUUCGUACCACGGCUUCAGCCACCCCUGGUGGCGCAGCCCUGCCCGCCGCCACAUCUAAGACCGUCGGCCGUUGGCUCAAGGAUAGGAGGGAAAAGAAGAAGGAAGAAGCCCGGGCUCACAAUGCGCAGCUCCACGCUGCCGUUUCUGUUGCUGGAGUGGCUGCCGCCGUAGCUGCCAUAGCUGCAGCCACCGCUGCUUCGUCUGGGGCCGGCAAGGAUGAACAGAUGGCCAAGACGGACAUGGCCGUGGCAUCCGCUGCCACGUUGGUAGCUGCGCAAUGUGUGGAGGCGGCGGAGGCCAUGGGCGCGGAACGCGAGCACCUCGCUUCUGUCGUCAGCUCGGCGGUUAAUGUCCGCUCCGCCGGUGAUAUCAUGACCUUGACGGCAGCAGCGGCAACGGCUUUGAGAGGGGCUGCCACGUUAAAGGCCAGGACGUUGAAAGAGGUAUGGAAUAUAGCGGCGGUGAUUCCAGUGGAGAAGGGGGUGGGAGGGGGAGGUGGUAUCAAUGGCGGUGGUAGUAAUGGAAGCUCUAAUGGUAGUUUUAGUGGUGAGCUUGUCCCUGAAGAGAAUUUCUUGGGUAUCUGCAGCAGGGAAUUGCUUGCAAGAGGUUGCGAGCUCCUCAAGCGCACCCGUAAAGGUGAUCUUCACUGGAAAAUAGUUUCUGUAUACAUCAACAGAAUGAAUCAGGUAAUGUUGAAGAUGAAGAGCAGACAUGUAGCCGGGACCAUUACCAAAAAGAAAAAGAACGUGGUGUUGGAGGUGAUUAAAGAUAUGCCAGCAUGGGCGGGGCGGCACUUACUUGAAGGCGGAGAGAACCGGAGAUAUUUUGGGUUGAAGACGGUGAAUCGUGGGGUUGUGGAGUUUGAGUGCAGAAACCAGAGGGAAUAUGAUAUGUGGACUCAAGGGGUUUCAAGACUACUCACAGUUGCCGCAGAGCGGAGCAGUAGACAUAGAAUUUGAAAUUGAAACUUCGUGUGGCUUAAAUUAAAUGGGUGGUUCUAUUUGUAAUGAUAUUUUGGUAUAUAUAUAUAUAUAGAAGGGGGGAGAGAGAGAGAGAUGAUCCUUUUGAACACACAACAAACAAGAUGUCAAGAAAAAAUUUGGUGGGGGGCUGUAAUUUUUUUUUGGGGUGUUUCUGCUGUAAAAAGGGUUGAAAUUAAAGAAUUUAAGUUUUUCGAUCCAAAUGUGGGUGGGGGGGUCGUCCCUGGAAUAUAAAAAUCUUAAAACUCAAUGUUCUGAAAUUUGAAGUAGAAAACAGUAAAAGGCAAAUCAAUCCCAUGUGAUUGUUGUUUAAUUUCACUGUUUGGAGAAGAGGGAAAAAGGAGUAUCUUGGACUGGGAUGGGAUGGUCAAAAAGAGGGAGGAAGGAAUAAGGUAAUAAAAUACAAGAUGCUGAUUCUCGUUUUUUGUUUUCACAUGUGGGCUUUUUUUAAGGCUUUAAAAUUAUUGGCUCUUAGUUUUAGGUUUCCUCUUUGGCCCAACUCAUGAUUGUCUUCCACUUUAU